AUGUGCGACUGGGAGCGUGCCGCCUGCAAGGCAGGCCUCGAACGGGGUCCUGCACAUGCUGGGACCAAGUACAUUGUCGUGGAGGUUCCUGACCUGCGCGACACAGCCGUCGACACCCUCAUCGACUCCUAUUGGGAACCUUGUUUCCGGGAGUACGGCCUCGUGCAGAUGGCGUUCAGAGAUUGCGCUACGCCUGUGGAAGAGGAACAGCUAGAUGCUCUGUUUGACAGCCCGAAGGCGCAGCAGACCGAGUCCCGCUCAAACAUAGACGCGACGCCCCAAGUGGCCAGCAGGAAGCGGAGCCACACCACCUUCGAGACCCUGGAGAGCAUCGACAAGCUGAACCACAACAUUGUCAACAAUGUCGAGGAGGCAAACCCGCCCAACGUGGACAGCAACGAGCUGAUCGUCACAACCGACGGAAACGACAAGUUCGAGCAGUGCGAGGCGGCGAUGCGCAGCAACUUCGCUACCGAGGGCGAGGCUGUGGACAAACUGCCUGCCCCCGCCUCGCCUUUCAUCACGAAGGUCACCGAGAACGCUAACCUGGAUGACGCCUCCCUGCAGCAGGAGACCAUUGAGGCACCGCCGGUGCAGCAGAUCGUCGAGAGCGACACCACAGUCCAGGAGUACCGCGUCGGGGACACAGCGGUGGAGCCCACAAGCGAGGUGGCGCUGCACAACGGCCUCGGCAUGGACCCGAAGGCCGCAAUAGCAUCGAACGCCAACGCGGACAACACGGAGCUGAAGGACACCACCUUCACGACUCUCGAAGCCGUUCCGCGUUGGCAAUACAGAGAUGACAAUGGAUUUUGGAAGGACUUCGUGGACGCCCGUGACAGUGCCAAGUUAGGCAAGAGAUAUCACAAGUUCCUUCAGCACCCUGGGAAGAGCAUCAUCACGAUAUUGUUGUUCAACUCGGACGGCAUGGAGGUAGAUUUCAGGGCCAUGGAGAUGUGGCCUCUUGUGAAAGGAGGCUUUCGUAACCGUAGCAGCCUCCGCAAGCUGUAG